AGCUUCUCAAAUCUAAAGCCUGCGCGCCAUGUUUCAAAAAUAAUUCGCCAAAACUUAAAAAACCCACCAUUUCAUUUCUUUUCUUGGUGCUUCAACACAAGAUUUCCCUCCCUUUACAAAAACCCCAUCUCAUGUCUUUAGAUGCAAACAUAUAUAAUAUACAUAUUGUCUUCUUCUAUAUAUCUUCUAUCCCUUUUUCUUGAAUUUGUAUAUUUGUAGCUUUGGUUUAGCUUGACAAGAUUGCAGCUUUCUUGGAUUCAUAGAGACCCUUCAAUUGGAAAUCUAGGUAAUGUCAGGGAAGAAGAGGGGUAGUGCAGAAAUUGGAGAAAGAUUGGAUCUUGAACCUAAGAGAGUCAAGUAUAGGGAUCUUGAAUCUGUGUUUCGCUCUGAAGCAGGUGUUAAUUUGUAUAAUGAUAGAUAUGGGAAAAACAAACAAGCUAGCGACCUCGCACAUUCUGCUGAAAAGGAGGCGUCCCGGGUUACUGAGGAAAAAUCUGGUAAAACAGGGAAGGACAGAUGCCAGGUGUUGGCUACCCCUGCCAUCAUAUCACCUGAUCCUAAUGCCAAUAUUAUGAUAUCCGGUGGUUCGGUCAGUGACAUUGCUCAGACAAGUUUUGGGGACACCACAAAACGGGGCUUCGAUUCUAUUAAUAUCAGAAGUCCUAGAGAGAUUAAGUUGCACCAUAAUGCAGAAGAUGUUUCAAGUUCUGCCUAUUGUGACCCCUUAAAUACUGACAAAUAUAAUGAUCAGUUAAAAUCAAGAGAUACUUCAGAAUGUGGGAAUACACAUGGCCCCGCGGUGGAGAAGGAUCCCAUGACAGUUUGGAAACAAAUGAAGCAAAAUGGUUUCAUGUCAACUUUUCAAGGAGGUGCGCCGGUGCCGAAGCCACGUUCAAAGAAAAUUAAAGCUGAGACAAUCAAGAAAAAGCUGGAUAUUGCCAGAAGAGAUCAGGUCGACAGGUGUUUAGAAAGCGCUGCUCCAAGCGGAUUGCUUAAUGCAUUAAACCCUGGAAUAAUAAACAAUGUUAGAAACAGUAGACAGGUUCGUUCUAAGAUAGAGGCACUGUUGAGGUCUGCAAAAUAUGAGGAUAAAUCUGCUUUUAAACACUCAUCCUCUGCAUCUAUGGCAUUAGAAAAUGCGAGCUCUUUGUCUAGUGAAGAUUCAUCCAACCAAGCCAUUGUCUCUGCUCUUUCUCUUAAAGCUGCUACUGUAGCUUCCGAGUGGUUGGAACUUCUUCAUCAAGACAUUAAGGGGCGCCUUGCAGCACUACAGCGUAGUAAAAAAAGAGCUCAAGCUGUCAUCGAGACAGAACUCCCUUUCUUGGUGUCCGGAGAAUUCUCUUCUUAUAAGGAAAAUGCUAAUAAUCGAACAAACUUUUCUGCUCCUGGUCCUGCAGAUGACUUGCACAAAACCAGAUGGAGUGCCCUGUUUAAUCAGAUGAACAAAUCACUUAAUGAAGAAGAGAGAAGAUUGGAAAGUUGGUUGAGCCAAGUAAAUGCAAUGAAGUUGCACUGUGGCCGUGGUCUUUUCGAUUCUACUGAAACCUCUGCAAUGCAACAACUGGCCACAUCAGGAAUUGACUGCAGACCUCAAAAAUGGAGUGACUCGCAAGAGGGACUAGAGGUCAAGGCUGCAGCAGCUGCAUUCUACUCGACUUGCAGCUCUCUACAGUCAUCUGAGAACUUGGCCAGUUUUUAGUAUAUUCAGCUCAACCCAUCUUUUGUAUAAUUCAUCAACCAUCUUUAGAAUCUGAAACUAGUAAAAAAAUUUAUCUCCAUUUGCUUUUGGCAUAUAAUACAUCUUUAUGGUUUUACAAACUUUAAAGCAUAAUAUUGGUUGUUUAUUGUUAUGAACGUAUUUAGUUGUAUAAUGGUUGUUAAUU